UUCUCAUUUGGUUGUCCUUGACAAUGUAUUUUGUACUUCUAGUUCAAGAAUUUCAACUUUACAGAUACUGUGUUAACCCUUUUGUAAGGCAUCACCAUCUCCUCUGAAAAUGAAGACCAGUUAAUGAAAGAGUUGAAUUCGUCUUUGAAAAAGGUCAUAUCAUCCCAUAAUGUAUGAACAGUAGCAGCAGUAAUAACUCUUCUGGAUGAACCCAGUGAGAGACAUGUCCCUUUACAUUUCUGACUCAUUUGUGAAUCCAGACCUCAGCAAUCCCUUUGAGGAUCCAUCAGUUACACAGGUGACAAGAAAUAUGCCACCAGGACUUGAUGAAUAUAAUCCAUUUUCUGAUUCUAGAACGGCACCACCAGGAAAUGUGAAAAUGCCUAAUGUACCUAGUACACAACCAGCAAUAAUGAAACCAACAGAAGAACCCUCAGCUUAUACACAAAUUGCAAAGGAACAUGCAUUGGCCCAAGCUGAACUGCUUAAGCGCCAGGAAGAGCUAGAAAGAAAAGCAGCAGAAUUAGAUCGCCGGGAAAGAGAAAUGCAGAGCCUCAAUCAACAUGGUGGCAGAAAAAAUAAUUGGCCACCUCUUCCUGGUAAUUUUCCAGUGGGACCUUGUUUCUAUCAGGAUUUUUCUGUUGACAUCCCUGUAGAAUUUCAGAAGACAGUAAAGAUUAUGUACUACUUGUGGAUGUUCCAUGCUGUAACACUGUUCCUAAAUAUCUUUGGAUGCCUGGCUUGGUUUUGUGUUGAGCCUGGACGAGGAGUUGAUUUUGGAUUGAGUAUCCUCUGGUUCAUGCUUUUUACUCCUUGUUCGUUUGUCUGUUGGUACAGACCACUUUAUGGAGCUUUCAGGAGCGACAGUUCCUUCAGAUUCUUUGUAUUCUUCUUUGUGUAUAUUUGUCAGUUUGCUGUACAUGUACUUCAGGCUGCUGGAUUUCAGAGCUGGGGCAAUUGUGGUUGGAUUUCAUCUUUAACUGGCCUCAAUAAAAGUAUUCCUGUUGGAAUUAUGAUGAUGAUCAUAGCAGCACUUUUCACAGCAUCUGCAGUCAUCUCUCUAGUUAUGUUUAAAAAGGUGCAUGGACUAUACCGUACAACAGGUGCUAGUUUUGAGAAGGCCCAGCAAGAGUUUGCAACAGGUGUGAUGUCUAAUAAAACCGUACAGACAGCAGCCGCAAAUGCAGCUUCAACAGCAGCAACAAGUGCAGCCCAAAAUGCGUUCAAGGGUAACCAGAUUUAGAAAUAUCUCCAGACAACAAUGCACUGUUACCUUUUGACUGUACUUUUUCUCAAGUUACUGUAUUAUUCUAUGAAGAUUUUUAUGUUUGAAAUACACACUAUCCACAGCAUGUAUGUUUCUUGUUCACCUGUGCAUGGGCAAAAACCAGGAAAAGUUCUUUGUUUUAAAUCCUUAACUUUUUUUUUCUUGAACAAUAUUUCAGUACCCCUCACAAAGAAAAAGGUUAUACUAUAUGAUAAAUAAAUAUUCUCCAUAUUUUCUGGGGGAUGAAUGUUUCAAUGACUUACUUCAGUGAUGGAACACUGAAAUUACUAUGGUACUUAUGAUUAAAAAUACAUUUAGGUUUUAGCUACAGUAAUUCUUUUGAGAAUCUUUCAUUAGAUAUGAGGAACAUUUAGGAGCAAGUGCAUUGAUUUUUCAUUCUUGUCUCCCUGUUUGUACAAAAGAAAUAGGGUAGGCUGAGAGUUUCAGAAUUUCAAUUUGGCUUGCUGGUGUGGAAACUUUAAAAAUUGAAGAUGAUGGGCCUGUGUGCAUUCACUAAAAACUGAUGUAAAUUUCAUUUUAUUUUUUAUUUUUAAAGUAGUAGUUCUUUUGAUAUCAACUUAUAAGCUUGCAUGAGUACUGUUGAGUUAUUUAAUAAAUUAUUAUUUUGGUUCAGCAUCAAUCUGUACCAUUUAUGAUUACAGGAUUUGGUGGAAUGUUUUUACAAUCAUAAAAAUGUUUUAAAUAGAGUAUUAUACUCAAAUAAAAGUUGAUUUGGGGGUUCAGUUAUUCUAACAGUAGAAUAUGCAAUGCAUUGUACAGUUGAGUUAAAAGAAAAAGAAACUGAUGGAAUAGAAUUAAGUGAUUAUAUUUGCUCUUUAAAAAAAAAUUCAGUAUUCAUGUCUUAGAGAAAAUGCCGUUAAAGAAAAGAUGUUUUCUUAUUUCUUGACAUACUCUUGUGGUUAGUCUUUUCUACCCUUAUUUGGAGGGAAAUUUUGGUUGUAUUUAGGACUUAAAUUUGCGUGUGUAAUUUGUGUUUUAACAAUGAAAACUGUAAUUUUAACAUUGUAUUUACUUUCUUACCUUUACAAAUCAGGUUGCCCUUUGUCCCUAAAUAUAAAUAUACAGUGUUUUAACUUAUUUUUUCUUCUGUUAUUGUCACUGCUAAUGAUUUUUUAAGCUGAUGCUUCACACAUACUUGAAUUCCUUUUAUUGCACUUCAAUCUUUGGGGUUUGAGACAAAUCAAGUGAAUUAUUUAAAUUCUGCAAAUAGCAAGACUACUUCCAAGUGGAAGUAAGUAGUAAAAUUCAAACAUUCAAAUAUUCAGCUUAUACUGAGAAAGGAAAUGAAAAUAAAGCUAAGUGUAUUAAUUGUGUAGGUUAUACUACUCACUUGCCUCCAUGCUCUGUAGAAGUUUUCGUUGUAUAAUGUUUGGCUUUACAUCUUUCCAAGUCAUCUUUUAAAGCCAUGGAGGUCCUUGAGCAGUUUUUAAGGAGAAAUAAUACAUUUAUAGAGAACAGCAUAUAUUAACCUGAUUUUAAGGAGAUUUAUAUGUAGGGAGUAUAAUGUUUGAGCAUAAAGCAAAAGCCUUAUUUUUCAAAAAUUCAUAUCCAACACCAAUGAAUAAAUACUUUAAAAAGAUUCCCCCUCAUACUUUCUAUACUAUAAAGGUAAAUAAAAUACUGGAUAUACUUAGUGACCUGACUGAUCUUAAGAAUCAUUGUAUAAAUAACUUGGCCAAGGAAUGUGGAUCUAGUUAAAUGACGCUCUGUUAAGUUUAUUUGGGACUAUGACAAAUCUGUGUACUUGGAAUACAUUUCUACAUUAUCUUUAGGAAAAUCUAGUUCCUAUUAUAAAGUUUAAAGCUAUUUUUCUCAUAAAAUAAUUUUCUUCAGUAAUAAUUUCUGCACAAGCUAUAAAAUAAACGUUGCAAAUGAAAUCUUUCAGAUCAGUUCUUCCUGCUGCUAAGAGGUAUCAGAGUAUUUAAUGAAUAUUUAAUGUUUUAUUGUAAUAAUUUUAUAUUCGUUAAAAACACAUUGACUAAUAAAUGUCACAAGCGCAUUCAUUCAUAGUCAUCACCUCAUAUUCCAAAUCAAUUUUGGUGUUUCAUUAAACUACAGAUAAAAAUUUAUUUUGGGGAGGAUAUUUAAAAUUUUAAAAGAAGAUUAGAUUAAUUAUUGUUUCUUUUGGAAUGGAAAUGUUUUCACAUCCCCCAAAGGGCAGUGUUCAAAUUAGCAUUAUGAAGUGUAAAAGGAUUCCUAAAAUCCUUGGGUCCUUUUUUUGUGUAGGGGAGGGGUGGGGAAAUGUUUUGAAAUUGAUUUGUUUGGAUACUCUUGUUACAAAUUCGUGUCUACAAUUGUAUUGUUUUUUAAAGAGAAAAUUUGUGUUAAAAUAAUGGUGUGAUGUCCAUAGCCAGGUGUGAAAGAGGUUUUACAGGAAUUACUUUUCUCUGGUCAGUAAAAGAAAAAGUUCAUGUGUUCACUUUGAAAGCCAGGGCUAUUUGUUAAAAUGUUUUAUACUUUAUCCUAAGAUUUCCAGGUAUUUCCAGUCACAGAGCAAUUUUAAAACCCAUUUAAUUUUUGUUUUCUAGUAAUAAAUUGUGGCUAAUUUAUUUCAAAGUAAAGUUUGAACACUGGAAGUCAUUGCUUAGUGGUCUGUAAUUUAGGAUUUGGAGUAUUUAUCUAAGGAAUGUUUGUAUAUUUUGUAAAUGACUAAUGAUGCUUUGCUAUCAUGGUGACUGUCUUGGUUCUAUAUAAAUGCCCUUCUCAUCUGUCCCUCUGAUGUUGCAUGUUUUGAGUAGUUUGAAAGUUUUGUAUAUUUAUUGUAUUAAUAGAGUGUCAUAAAAUAAAAUACUGUUUACUGGA